CUAUUUUGUCAACGUUACCUAACCACUUUGUUGUGUAUCGUUGAGUAACGCUACAAAGUUGAAGCGUCUCGAAAAUUUUGCCUUACCUAGCUAGUACUGCCAUUUUGACAGGAAACCGAAAGUUUCAUGUUAACGGAAAAUUAUCUGGCUCGUUGGAGUGGAUAAAUGGUGAAUUGUGUUCCAGCAGUUCAAGCUUUGUUGCUGCUAAUGUUUCAAGAAUGUUCAGCCUAAUAGGCGCAGAUGAGAGAAACAAGGUGCAUUUUCAUAUGGGCAGAGUGAAUUACUGUACAACAGUGAUGCUACUAGUAUAGUGAAUUAAGGUUUGUGUUUGGUACCACAGUAUAACUUCAGUAGAUAAAAUAUUCCUCUUACUAUUGUAGUGAUAUUUUUUUCAUAAAGAUAAAAGUUUUUUUAUGCGCUAAUUACUCACUAAUAAUUGAUAUCUGUGACACUACAAAUAAAUCAUGGGAGUUAAAGGGCUGUGGAAGCUUGUUGAGUGUUCAGGGGUACCAGUACCUCUGGAAACAUUGGAACAGAGGAUAUUAGGUGUUGAUGUGUCCAUUUGGCUCCACCAAGCAGUGCGAGGAUUCAGAGGACCUGGUGGUUCUGCUGUGGCAAAUGCCCAUUUGUUGACUCUGUUCCAUCGCAUAUGUAAGCUUCUCUUCUACCGCAUCAGGCCUGUCUUUAUAUUUGACGGGGGAGUCCCACACCUGAAAAAACAGACUCUUGCUUCCAGGAGGCUUCGACGGGAAGUAGCAGCCAGCAAGGCAAAGCAAGUGAGAGAAAGACUCCUUUCAAAUCUCUUGAAAAGUCAGGCUGUUAGAAAAGCUCUUGGUAGGAGUGGACCAGGACCCAGUGCAGCACACGUUGUUCGUCCCAAGAAAGUCGAAAAAGAUAUUUUUGAAUUACCACCUCUCCCUGAAGAAGGAAAAGACCUCAUUAAGUCCGAACCAGCAGAAGAGAAGAGAUCAGUUAUGAAGAGUUACAGGCUCCCAAAUCUUCACCAGUUUGAGUUUGAAAGUGAGGAGUUUAAAGCCCUCCCCCUUGAAACUCAGCAUGAAAUUGAUGAGCUCCAGGACACUCGUGUUAAAGAAAAUUCAUGGAACACUUUGAAUAAAAUGCCCCAAGAAUCUAAAAAUUUUGCUCAGUUUCAAAUGGAAAGGUUAAUGAAAAGGUACAAAUUUCAGUCAACCCUUGAUAAUAUUCGAUCUGAAAUGCAGAAAAAGAAGUCGGCAGAAAUGGAAGCUGAAAUGUUUGGUGAGCUUGAGAAGCAUGUUAGUCUAACACAACGAAUUGUCUCAGAAGAUUCUGCCCAUUCCAUUUUUAUCAAGAAAAUAAAUGAAACCCAAAAUGAACCUGAUAGCCAAGAAGACAUUUUGAAGCAAGAUUCUAAAGGAAAAACUCCACUGAAGAGGAGUAGGGAAGAGUUUGAAAGGGAUUUUUUGACUGAAUUAGAAAAACAAGGCAUUGUAAAAUCAAAGCGUUUUUCAGAUUCUGAGUCAGAUUCCGACUAUGAUGAUGAUUACUUUAGUUUUCCUGAUUCAAAGAAUAAAGAUGAAAAGAACCAGAGUGAAGAUAAACUUGACUUUGAUGGAAAAGCCCUUUUGAAAGUUGUAGGCUCAUUGUUAGACAAUGAUGGUCUCUCGCAGGAAGAGAUCCUUGCUCUUAUUAAACAGGGGAAUCCCAGUGAACAUCAUAAUGAAAUGCCUGCCGGUUCAGAUGGACCGUCAACUUCAGGAAAGGCAUCAGGUUUUGUGUUUAAUCCAGAUGCAGAUUCGUCUGAUGACGACAGUGAUUUUAUAGAAGUCUCUGAACCCAGCAGCCCAGGUACUUUAGCACCUGAAAAGAUUGAUGAAACAAAGACUGAAGAUAAUGUUAAAAAAGUUUUAGAGACCAAAAACAACAGCUUAUGGAUCAAGAUCAUGCAGCAGAAGUUAGAUGAUGUUGUCCAUACAAGUAACAAUAAGACUUCCCCUAAGAAAGCCCUGGUAGAUAGUCGAAAUAUGGGUGCAGCCAAUCAGGAAAAUAGCAGGAAGAUUGUGAGUGAUAAGUCCAAGGGUAUUUCCAUAUCAUUAGAUUUUGAUAUUGCGCCUUUGAAGAUGGAAGAAGAUAUAUUUGCAGAUGUUUUUUCAAACAAGCCUGAGAAUGUUACUAAUUUACAAACCAAGCUCCCUCCGGAAAAGAAGAGGCAUUCAAACCUUGAGGCUAUAACAAGAAAAUUGUCAAGAUACAGUGAUGUUCAAAAUAAGCAGGUAACUGCUGCCGCAGCUUCCAAAGCAUCUGUUUUAAAAAGAAAUCUAAAAGAGACUUCAAAAGUGCCUGAAAAGAAGUUUGUAAACCAUCAAGUAAAAACAGCUGAUUACAUGAAAGAGACCACUGUCAGAACUGAUGCUCAAGAACCAAACAUUAGCUCAUUACAGAGUGGGAUUGGGAGUGUUGAAGAAGACAGAUUUUUGAGAAGUACGGAGAUCAAUGAAAACUCUAACUUGUUUGUCAAAAAAUCUAAUGCACCAUCAAGCACUGUAGAAAUGGAUGUUUCACCAGAAAAUCGUGAUUCUGUGGAGCAGAAUGCAAGCAUUAGUGAUCGUACAAGUGAUUCACAAGUUAAUGGAGUAGUUUUGGAGAGUGAUGAUACAAAGAGUGAGGAAAUUCUGCAGGAAGCUGAGACUCAAGAUCUUAAACUGAGUGCAGAGAAUGAAAAUAUUUCAGAAAAUGGGAUUUCUCAAUCAGCUUCAAAUAAUUUGCAAGGAAAAGCUAUAGAUGUCAAUGAAACAAAGGAAGAAGAAUUUGUUGAGGUUGAAAGGCCACUUGAAUAUUCAGAAGAUGAGCUAAAACGUUUGGAAGGGGAACUGGCUGAAGAACAAAGAGCCUUAGUAGCCCAGGCUCAAAAAGUAGAACGAAUUUCAUCUAAUUUGAAUGACCAGAUGUAUGGAGAAUCCCAGCACUUAUUACAGCUUUUUGGCAUUCCAUAUCUUGUUGCUCCAAUGGAAGCAGAAGCUCAGUGUGCUUUUCUGGAUGCUAUCAAUUUAACGUCCGGAACCAUAACUGAUGACUCUGAUAUAUUUCUCUUUGGAGGUACGAAAGUUUAUAAGAAUUUCUUCAAUCAGACAAAGCAUGUUGAAUUUUUUAAAAUGGAUAAUAUUGAAGCAAAUCUAGGUUUGAAUAGAGAAAAAAUGAUAACUCUUGCUCUUCUUACUGGCAGUGAUUAUACUGAGGGCAUUGAGUCGGUUGGAGCAGUAUCAGCAAUGGAAUUGUUAACAGAAUUCCCAGGAGAAGGUAUUGAUUGCCUUCGAGCUUUCAAAAAGUGGUGGAAUGUUGCUCGUAAGAAUGUGUCUGCAAUCUAUUUAUCAAAAGUAAAGCAGAGAAAAAUGGCUCAGGUACAUCUGCCAGAGUCAUUUCCUUCAGAUCAGAUCAAAGCUUAUUUAGAACCUGAAGUUGAUGAUUCCAAGGAAAAAUUCUCAUGGGCAGUACCUAAUGUAGAUGCACUUCGCCUCUUUACUAUGGAAAAGUUUGGGUGGAAUCGGGCUAAAGCUGAUGAAAUUCUACUCCCAGUUAUGAAGAAGCUGGGAGUAAAAACUACCCAAAUGAGAAUUGACUCAUUCUUCACCAAUAUAAAGCUAGUGAAAGAUGAUAAAGUUCAUAGUAAACGGAUGCAAGAUGCCAUAGCAAAAGCAAAAGGAUUGGAACCACCAAGUGUUAAGGAAGGCGCAUCAUCAAAGAGAACUGGAAAUCUGGUGAGAAAGAAGCCCCCAGCAAAGAGGCGCAAAGUACAAGAGUCGGAAGUAUCUUUGGAUCAAAAUGCAGAAGAGGAGGAAGAAGUUGAUAAAAAUGUUCCUGAUAACAAGCCUUCAAGGACACUGUUAAUAGAUCCUUCUGAGGGCAGUAGUGGUCCUGAAGUACAUGCCAAUAAUAAACCAAAAGCCAAAGGAAGAGGUCGUAAGAAGAAGGAAGAUAGUCAGGAGAAAAAAUCCAGUGGUCCUGUUCGUUCUGUACGUGAAGUUGAAGACGAUUAUGUUCCUCCAAGGAAAUUGACAAAGGAAAUCAUGUAUGAAGCACUUUUGAAAAAGCAGACAAUUAGUCAGAGGGAAACUGAUAAACAGAAAAAAAUGGAAGAAAAGAAAAUAGCAGCAGAACUUCUGAAAAAAAAUUCAUCGAAAGAAAAAAAGAAAAGAUGAAUACGUAUAAGAUAAGUCAAGGCUGCAAUACUGUACUGAAAUUAACUUUUUCAAAUGAUGGUAACAUUAAAUUGUAUCAUGCAGCUCUCAAGCAUCAUGAUUCCAGUGAUGCAUCAUGUUUGGGGAAUUCCUGACAAAAGCAAAUGUUUUGUGAUAAACAUAACUUUAUAUAACUUGCUCAAAGUGAACUAUAUUGCUUGAUGUAAGACGCAUAUGGCACAGACAGUAUUGAUGGGUUGUUACAACCAAAAAUAUAGUUAGCUUGUUUCUGAUGGUGAGCUCACAAGCAUGGAUGUAAGAGAGCAUUUCUUGUUGAUUAAUACCUCUUAUAAUUUGAGAAAGUUGAAACUGUGAGUGAGGGAUAUUUAAAUCACUUGAAUUGAAAUUUAUUUUUUCAUGGAAAGCAUUUUGCUUUAUGAUUUUUUGUUAUGGUGAAAGUCUGUUCUCUCUCCGCAUUGCUAAUGCAUAGACAACUGUUGAUCCUUGGAUCAAAUGAGAAUAAUAUUCCUGAAAUUAUUAUUUUUCAUGAAUUUGGAUUAUGAAAGGAACUGGGAAGUAUUCAA